AUGCCUGACAAGAAACGGCAGCGGACGUUAGUAGACUUUAAUCUUCCGAAAACCAACGUCUUGCCGGGAAGCUCGAAAAGACGUCAAACGGCCCCUAUAUACAUCGACCUGGUAAGCGAAGAUGCGGAUGCCACAGAGAUAAAGGCCACGGAAAAACGUCUGUUUGUAGCUGACGAUGAUUUGAAGUACUCAGAGACGCUUGUCCAGGGGUCUGCCGAGUGCGACGUGCGAUCCGUUGAGCACGCCCGUAUAGACGUCACAGCAUGCGAUAUUCAGAGAUCCGCGAAGCUGGCGGCGCCAGAAAAACUGGAAGCUUCGCCCCCUCAUCGCUCGUCGGCGCUGGAGUUGCGGAAAAGGCUCAGCCCAUCAACAGCAGGCAAGCCAAGCCCGCGGUCAUCCAAAAACUCGCCUAAACCUUCGCGGGUCGACGUCGAGGAGCCUGGCUCAGUGCAACGAGAGCUUGUCAUCGUGGAAGAAGUGGAUCAAGAGCAGCAGCUGCUUUGCCCUGUGUGUGGCAUCUUGUUGACCAAACUUGACUUCCGUGAACGCGACGACCACUGUGACAGAUGCCUGCAGAUGGGUGCUCCGCAGUCUACCAAACGCACCGGCAAACCACUGCCGAAGCUACCCAAAGUCAAAAAAAUACCUUUCCAAAAUCACACGGUAAUAGUGGAUGGUUUCAAUUUCGACGCCGAUCCUGCCAUCAAGCAGUACUUCUUGUCCCACUUCCACGCGGACCACUAUAUGGGAAUCAAGAAGUCGUGGAAUCAGGGCUCCAUCUACUGUUCCAAGAUCACUGCCAAUUUGUUGGUUUACAAGUUCAAAGUGCCCUUAGAGAGAAUUGUAGCCCUUCCUGAAAACGUAGAAAUCCCCAUUGCAAGCCGUGUGUCAGUUAUUUGCUUCGACGCCAACCAUUGCCCCGGCUCAUUUGUUUUCCUAUUCAGGGAGUUUGACAGCAGCGGUGCUACCGUAGAGUGGGUUCUCCACACAGGGGAUUUUCGGAGUAACGACAAGCUCAUUGAUCGCAUAAAUUCCUAUACCAAAAAUGCGUCUAUCUCUAAAGUAUACCUGGAUACCACAUAUAUGUAUCCAUCGUACCAUUUCCCAUUACAAACCUCAGUGCUGGAUAAAACAGCGGAGUUUGCAAACACAUUGAAAGACGUUGGCAUGCAUAAGAUUUUCGGAGAUCGACAAACCUCCAUCAUGAACUUCUUGUCCAAAUCUUUAAAAUCCCGCCAUCUUUACAGGUAUGUCUUUUUGGUUGGUACCUACACCAUCGGUAAAGAAAAACUUGCAAUUGCAAUUGCGCAACGGCUAGGUACCAAGAUUUUUCUUCCCAGGGAUACCACCAAGCAUAGAAUUGUUCAAGCGUGUGAGCAAAACUUUCCCGAUGGUCUCAUCACCCAUGAUAUCACAAAAUCCUGCGUUCAUCUUGUUUCGAUGCACACUCUGGCCUCCAAAGAGAGCUUACAGUUUUACUAUAAGCCAAUAGCUCAUAUCUACGAAGAUGUCAUCGCUUUUUCUCCCACUGGCUGGUCUUUCAAGAAUGGUGGCAGAUUUAUUAAACUCUACGAAUCUUUCGAGGAGAAAAGAAGGCAUACACUAGAACUAUUGAAUGAUGAUAAUGUAGAUCAUCUCGACAUUGCAUCUAUCCAUUCUCAAUAUAAACGCGAUACCAGAUUCCAAGUGUUCCGGGUUCCUUACUCGGAACACAGCAGUUUCAAAGACUUAGCGAACUUCUGUACCAAAUUGCCUUGGUCAACAAUGAUCCCCACUGUUAAUACUCACGACAACUAUAUGGUGAGAGAAAUGGAUGGGUGGUUCAAAACGUGGAAAGACAUACAGAAAGAGCGACAGUUACCGACUACGUAA